GAAGAAAAAUAAAGAAACGUCACUUCCGGUGUCCAGUCCCCGCCCCCCGCCGUACAGACCGCGGAUUUUUGAAAAUAACGACAGGAUCAGGAGCAAGACGGAAGUUAAAUCAAACAUACUUAAUCGACGGCCGCACACUAAAAACGCAUUGUCUGAUAUCCGAUCAUCAUGACGUCCAUUACUGAUCCAAACAUGAGUGACAGGUUCUCUAAUGCGAUGGAGGAGAUUCACAACAAACACCUGAAGACAUAUGGGGAGAUUAUUGACACGACCACAGAGCUGUGCCAGUCCCACAGACAGUUCGUGAAGUCGGCACUAGAUACUUGUCUAAAGAAAUGUAAGGACGAUGACAUGCUGUUUGAGACAAUACAGGCAUUCAAAAAAGACCUUGAACAAAUAAAUACGUCAUUGAAAGAGAAACGGCAUGCCAUCUCUGGGAUGGUGUCUGAGAUUCAGCAGAAGGAGAUGCAGAAAGACGACAUCAUCCAGAAGAUAGAGAAACUCAGAGAAGAGCAAGCCAAGAGAAAAGAGCUAAUUGAAUCUCAAAAUAAAGCAAACAAAGACAGACUGAGGAAUCUUGGGAAAGCCCGACUAGUCUUUCAGGAUCAUUUGGGGAUGGAGAUACGAACAAUCCUCGGCAAAACACAGUUGGUUAAAGGUGAAAAGCUGCAGUUUGUUUUCCGGAAUAUCAACCCUUCGGAUCAGGACAGCGCCUACGUGGUCACAAUGGGGAUCAGAGAAGACGGAGCAUACCAGAUUGUGUCAAGUGACCCCGUGCUUGAGUGUUUGCCAGUGUUGGAGAGCCGGCUUCAGGAGACCAACAAUUUACCAGCAUUCCUUGCAAACGUCAGGAAGGAAUUCAUCUCUCAGGCACGCCGCUGAGAAUGGAGGGAACUGUACAGUGAAGUUCUUCCUGUAAUAUGGACUGAUGUCAGGAAGGAGCACAGCCUGCCUUGUCAAGACUUUACCGCAUAUAUUCUGCUGUUAAUUGUAUGUACAAGCGUCGUCUCUCAUUAUUUUUGAGAAUGAUCUUUUUGCAGUUCACUAUGUAUUUGGCAUUACGAGAGCAGUUCUAAUGGAAAUGGUGACAACUCAUUGAAAUUUGUGUCUCUCUUAUUCCUAAAAAAAUGUACGCGUUAACUAUAGAUGUUGCACUUAAUCAAAUAAAAAACAAAUACAUUUAAGGCUGCAACUAAGGAUUAUUUUCAGAAUUGGUUAAUCUGCUUAAUCAUCACGAUUAAUUGAUUAAUCAUUUAGUCAAGAAAAUGCUCAUCGUAACCUCUCAGGGCCCAAAGUGACGUCUUCAACUUGCUCUUUUUAAACUAACAGACCCUUUUAUUUUCUUUCAUAAAUGACAUGGAAAGGGAGCAAAUCUUUACGUUUGAGAAGCUGGAACUGGCAAAUAUUUUACAUUUAUGGUUGAAAAGUGACUGAAAUAAUUAGGCUAUCAUCAAAAUGGUCAACAGUUACUAUUUUUUUUGACCGACCAGUUAAUUGACCAAGUGUUGCAGCUCAAAAUAUAGUAAAAUAAAACAAUUUAGAGACAGUGUAAAAAGUUUUCAUUUAUUGUCAUGUCAUUAGUUUUACUUUCUCAUUUUUAAUCAACGUUAAUGAUAUUAAUCCAAUAAAAUACAUAUUUAUUUCA